AUGUCGGACGUUCCUGAAGAUGCUAAUGCCGGUUGUCCUGGAACCGGAAGCGCUGGAGCCGGAAAAGCUUCGGGAUGUGCAGGGUGUCCAAACCAGGGAGCGUGCGCCACUGGUCAAGGACCACCACCAGAUGCAGAUGUUCCAAAGAUUCAGGAUAGAUUCAGCAGAAUUAAGCAUAAAAUUCUGAUUUUGAGUGGAAAAGGAGGUGUUGGUAAAAGUACUCUCACAUCAAACCUGGCUCGCGCUCUUGCCUCGGAUCCAUCGAAACAAGUUGCAAUUCUUGACGUUGACAUCUGUGGACCUUCUCAGCCAAGAAUGAUGGGAGUAGAGGAUGAAGAAGUACACAACAGUGCUGAUGGAUGGACUCCAGUUGGAAUUCAACCGAAUCUCACUCUAAUGAGUAUCGCUUUCCUUAUUGGAGAUAAAAACGACGCAGUCAUCUGGCGUGGAGCUCGUAAAAACGGAAUGAUCAAACAGUUUUUGAAAGAUGUCGAUUGGGGAGAGGUGGACUAUUUGCUUAUUGACACUCCACCUGGAACAUCCGACGAGCACAUUUCGUUGGUCCAGUUCCUUCUUCAAGCUGGUCCUUUGGAUGGUGCUCUGAUUGUGAGCACACCCCAAGAAGUCUCGCUUCUUGAUGUUAGAAAAGAGGUCAGUUUCUGCAUCAAAACAAAAGUUCCAAUCCUUGGUGUUGUCGAAAAUAUGGCUCGUUUCGUCUGCCCCAAUUGUGCUCACACCACUCUUCUCUUCCCAACGUCUACCGGUGGAGCUGAGAAGAUGUGUGAGGAUUCGAAUCUUGAACUUCUCGCCCAACUACCACUGGAGCCUGCUCUUGCGGAGGCACUUGAUAAUGGAGAAGACUUCUUUGAAACCAAUCCAGAUUCAACUCUCGCAAAAUCAUUCAUGGAUCUUGCCGAAAAAGUCAAAGCAAAGCUUCAUUAG